GCUUUCUGGUGGGUACCUUUCUACACCAGCGUUUUCCACGCUUCCAUUUGUGGGGCGCACAUGCGCGUACGCUCGGGCGAGAUGUUGGUGGCGAUUGUAACGUGCGUUCCUGUGCGUGCGUGUGGUUGCAAUUUGUUGACUCGGCAUAUGGUUUAGCUAGUAGUAACUUGUUGUACACACUGUGCUGGUUUUUUUAUGUUCAUCAUGGGUUUUGUUUUUGACUCUAGCUAGAUAGCGAUCACAUUUUCCAGCUUAGUUCGCGUUCGACCUAAAUUCGAAAGUGAAUCAAAACUGUGUCUCAACCUAUGCAUUGUGUUGUGUGUUAUUUCUUCGAAUGUCUUGUGAUGUGUAUAGGUUGCAAAAGGAUGAAUAUCAAUUCUUUCGGUUACCUUUUUUAGGCUUUACUUAUUUAAUCGAUCUAAUGUAUUGUUACCAAUUCCUGUUCACUAGUUUUGUGAUCUUUCUCCCUCUCUCUAUCGAUACGCUAUAAAGCAAUCAGCUCCUUUUUCGCUACAUCUCGAUUGUGUUCCAAAGGUGCUCUAUUGACUACCUGACUAGUUUACUGUUAAAUCGUUAACAACCAGAGUAACGAGUAUUUUUAUAUACCCCUUCCAUUCUCCUGCACAUCGCACGCACGGUAUUUCCAUGAGCGGGAGUGUCCGUUCGUUUUUGCUUUGCUCCUUGCUCUUGUUCACGACGGCGUUGUCGGGACAGACACUGGCGGAUCCCGUUCCUGAGUGGUUCUGUGCUGGAAAAUGCUCAAGUUCUAGCUCAGCACACGCUAAAGGACCAUGGGCUACGCUGGUGCCUCCAUUGGCAUCGAUUUGAACAGAAGACAUGCUCAGGAACUGCUCUCGCUCAGCUAGACUCAGUUCCUGGUUUGUGGCAGUGAAGCAUUUGACUUUUGCUUCGUAGCAUUCUACUCCUAUUCCUCUUUGGGACCAGCUUUGUGAGAUUCACCCUCGAUGUAUGUCACUCGAUGUAUGUCACCCCCCCCCUCGAUGUCACUCAGAUCCCGAUUUGUUUCUUGUCGAUUAUGACAUGAACAGGAUACGAAAACGGACGCGCACCAACGGGUGUAGGUCCUUGUCCAAUGCGGAACCACUUCUUUUUUAAAUCCAACUAUAAAACAAAAUAGAAUACCAAUGGGAACCACAUAAUACUUAUACACAUCCACACAAACACAACACCGUAUACACUCUUCGCACCUUCCUAGUACUAGGGAUGGCGAAACAAAUUCCCUUGAAAAUAGCACAAAUAACCUUAGAUACGCCGUACGGACGAACUAAGAAUCCAAAGUGAGGCUACUACCACGACGCAAGAGGUGGGACCUAAGCCUUUUGAAACCUUUGUGGCAGAGUGUAUUCCACGUUGUGUAGGGGCAAUAAAUACAAACUAAAAAAGAAAGGGAACCAACCAACCUAUCCUCCAACAGAAACGACGCCAUUCUCGAGAGCCAUAUGGUCAGACAUUCAUUCAUUGCCAUAACUAGCCAUAACUAAGUUACCCGUUUAUAGACGUUCCUCUCUUAGCAACGUCGUCCCUCAAUUGUUUCCUUAACCAUUGCCUACUACUACGACUAAGCUAUUGUCGAACAAAACACUCAGUUGUCGGAGAUUUAAUGACGUUUCUUUCCACAUGUUGUGUUAUCAAAUUGUUAAGCUCCCAACGAGCACAAACGUGUGCUUUCGUUAUUGUGAUUAUGUUGUGCUAAUUAUAGGAUAUAAGUUAAAUUAUCUCUCCCCCCCCCCCCCCCCUUUUUUGCCCAUUCAGUGUUCGCUUGAUCUCGGACCCGAUUAAAGGUUCGACAUUUCCCAUUCUCCCUUUCCCACCAGCAUGUUCACCACAUUCGCGAUCAUUCAUUGUGAGUGUGUUUUUCAUUUUCCUUUUCCGGCUGUGACCACAUGUGUCUGUAUGAGCUUUCAUACCGAAUAACUCUGGAAGUUGUAGUUGCGGGCAAAUCGAAAUAUACAAGCGGUAGCGGAAGGAAUAAAGUUGAAAACCGAUCCGAAAGUCCGGGGUAAUUCUGUGGCGUAAGUGGGGUGUGGUGUGGGGGGCUGAACGGAACUCGCCUCUCUCCCGUCGUUUGAUCCAUCGCGUAUGUCAUUGGGCUCAGAUGUCAGAUCUUGGAUCACUCGCUCGGGUGGUUUGACGCUGGGUUUCGUUCAUUAGGAACCGCAUUUUCCUUCCUUGUCGGACCGGAGAAGAAACGGUUGCGCACCAAACAUCCCCCUAUCGCUUGAAUGCAAAAUAAGGGGCUCAUUUUCAAUCGAUAGGCGGGAUGUGCAGGAUGCGAAGAGCCGUGGAGUGGGAGUAGGCAAUAUUAGAGCGUAAACAGGUGACGAUCACGUAAGCUAACGAUCGCGUAGCUUGGUAGCUUGCCGUGGAAUCCGCGGAGCGACUAUCUUGGGCGGCUCACUCGAGAAGUCUUACCUUUGCGGAUUCCACCGAGUCACUACUUUACGAUCGUUGGGCGCUCAACGUAGGAAAUGAAACGUAGGAGUGAAGCUACUUGGACCGACGAAUAAGCGACAGAUGAAGCUAAUGAAUCUAAUAACGAAAAGUGUUUCUAAUCACCGGCAAGGAAGGAAUAUACUCUAUUGCGGAUCAAACCAUGCCUCCGCGCCCCACUCGUGAAUGAAUUUUGUUUUUUGGUGUGCUUCUACUUUGAUGUAAAAAAAAAAGAAAGGAAAUCGUAGGCUCACCACCGCCACACUGCUUCUGGUGUCCCAAAAAGGCAACUGGUGCCUCGUCCGAGAGAGAGGGUGGACGAUACCAGUUGAGCCGUUAACGAUUAAGUUAGAUAACGCAGGAUUGUGUUUCGUAGGUUUUUGGUGUAUCAAACUAAUCAAAAAGGGUGGUCGAGAAUGAAGCAUAGCUACAAAUAGCGUCAUGAGGCGAUCGACUUGCUGCCGAUCGAUUGCGAUGAGCGGUAAUGAUCGAUAAACUCGGAAUCAUCACAUUAAAGAGAAACCCAUUACUGGAACCAAAAACACACAUCAUACAAAAGCAUACAGCAUAAUACCAUAGUAGACGCACAGUGACAUUACAAAACAGAAAGCAAAAAUCUAGAGUAAAAAAAACUUGUAGCAUUACCGGAAAUAUCCCUCUCUCGGUCUCUUCUGCCACAACUCACCCAUGAACGACAUGAUUGAACCAACAGCUGUCUAAUGCAAGAAACAUAGAAUGAGAGAAAAAAGGAAUAGAAGAAAGAAAAGGAUAAAACGCUACACACUGCCUAAUUUCACAUAGUCUCAAGAAAAAAUGAACAAAUAAAAGAACCACUCGCAAUGUUAAUUAUAGUGGCGCGAAAUACAAAUGGGAAUGAACAAAACUACCGCCCAUUCGAAACAUAAUGGGCCCUUAAACCCUAUGAGACAGCUAGCCGGAAUGAAAACUUGAACUAAAAAAAUGUGCUAGGAAAGCAAAAAGGAGAAAGCGAUCAAGCAGCAGAGAAAAAAAAACAAUAACUGUGUACCAAAAACUAGAUGAACAAAUGAGAAUAAGAAAACGAAAAAACGGGGGAGGUAAAAAAAGAAUUUAAUUAAACAAAAACCAGCAUAUGUGGGGAGGUUUGUGCGGGGGGCGGCGAAAACCAACUGUAAGUUAGUGCACAAAAGAAACAACAAAUCGAGAACAAAAGAAAACAAUCGACACGCACAGAGGAGAAUGGAGGAGCUGCGAUAACAAAUGGGCCGCACAAAGAUAUCAGGCACAAGGCGACACACAUACACAAGAGUGCACAAACAAGAAGAAAAAAAUACAAACACUCCGAAGAAUUGUCCCGGACAAUGCUUAACCAUUCUAAUUUUACGUACAACAAUGAACGGAAAUAGUUUCCUUGGAAAUGUGUUAUGUUUAACUCGAUUGCGGAUAUGGCCAUCCGGGGGAGAUGGGAAUUUGAUGCUGCGGCAGUGCGCGCACGCGCGCGCGGAUCGGAAGCGAACCCUUUCGGUGCAUAAUCAUAGUUGUAGCUUGUAUCUUAUAUCCAAAUGAAACAACCCUUCCGAAGUGACCACGAAAGGCUUCCUGCUCCGAAUCUGUGGCUUGGCGACCGGAUGGUGGCUUCGGAGUGGCUGCAUCCCGUCGGUGACGGCAGCACUAGGGGCCGUGCAUCUAGGGGCUUAUGCUGGUCUUUGCGGUGAUUGACUCGAUCACGGUCGUCCUUGGCCUGGACGGUCGAGUAGUCACCGGAGAGACUGGUUUUUAGUAUGCACUGCCCGUUGUCAUACGCCCUGGCAGCCAUUCGGCAUCCGGUCGCCGGAAAACAUCAGUUCCCCACAUCAACCCAUCAAUCAGACGCCAGCCAAGGGAACAACGGCGCUACCGGCGUCACGAACACGAAGAGUGCUGUACUAAUCAAACUACAGCGGAGCUUCGCGACCGGAACACACGGCACAGUGUUUUCCUGUUUCACUCCCGUUUCCCGUUUGUUUUGAAUACUAUUUAUAAUCGGCGUGUUUUGAGCUCCCCGGUUUUGCAGCUUUUCCUUUGGGCCAACAACCAAACGGGGCUUGGGGCCCUUCCCGUUCUCACCCAACACAUGAUUCACACAUCAUAUCGAGCAACAAACUAAUGCUGGGAGAUAUCAAAUGGUGUAAUCCAGGUUUUUAUGCUUUUAAUGCGACAAGGAAACCAUUAAAUAGGAUGGUUAGAUGAACCAAUACACACGCGGCUACGGGAGCGAAUCGGCGAAAUACAACAAAAGAAAAAAAGAAGUAAAACCACUAUUUCUAUCUUGCCGUAUAGAAAGCGGAGAAUGGAAAAGAGCCUUUUUUGAGCCUAGCGUGGGAAGCGGAUGUCCUUCGAAUGGUUAAAAGUGUGGAAUACAAACAAACCAAACGAAAGCAAAGAAAAGAAACAUUCAAACCCUUCAAAAGCACCAGGCGAAAGGGCGUACCAAAGGGCACCGCUUGGGGUGCAUUGUAAUGUCAGCAUACCUAGCGAUAUCUGAGAACAAAGUCACCCGCGAAUCCAACCGAACGCCUGCAGUAAAAAUGCAAAAGUGUUUCUUUGGUGAGGCUUUUUUGAGGAGUUGGGAGUUUGUGUCCCUGUGCGUUACAUGGCGCUAGUGACACACAUUAGUGCCGUUUAUGUUGGACAAUUAUUCAACUGCAAACAAUAGCAACACUAGCUGUAAUUGAUGCUAUAAUUUUGAGACCCAUGACGGAGUUAUGUUCUACACUCCGAAUCCGUUUCCUGUGACGAAAGCUUGUGUUCGUUUGGUUUCGCAUUCCAUCAUGACAUUAUGGUGAAACAUUAUGCCGUGGGAUCAACACCGGGCACAAUAGUUUCCAGCAUAAACCAACAAACCCACUCAUCUGACAUCUGACCAAUAAAUGUACCCACUAGCACACGGAAAACCAUCGGCACAAAAUCCGGGAGGCGGAGCGCCAAACAGCACGAUGGAACAGCGUUCGGGAAAAUGGAAACAGGAAGAAAACUCAUUAGUAGGGCCCCUCCCUGCGGUGGUGGGGCAGGUAAAACGAAGUAGAAAACCAAAACCAAAACUGCAGUAGUAGCUGACAAUGGGCUAGGCGAGGGGAGAAAUGGAAUAAAUGAUAACAAGCCAGAAAUGUUCAAUAACAACUAAGCGUAAUGUGCGAGCAGUUGGGCAAAAAAUAAAGGGAAGAACAAAAUGAAAAGAACGAUGUUCGAUGGUAGGGAGAGUGAAACUUACAAAAAAAAAACGAGAGGUUAAGAGGUAAGCCGCAGCAGAAGAUACGGGAUGGAAGGAGGAAAAUCACCAUUUUUACACAUUUUGAGAUAUCGAAAAUAUUACACACGCGACCGGUCGGCGAGCGCUGGGGGCGACAAAAUAGGUGGUUGAAAAGCCGUGGAGCAGCCGCGGAGGGGUAAAGCAAACAAAAAAAAAAAUAAAAUAAAAAAUAUUGGUCACGCUGAUCGGAAGACG